AAUCUUUGCUGCUUUAGCCGCGCCGGCCCGGGUAGCGCCAGUGUGGGUACGUGAGCCCUACCUGCUCUCUGUAGGGAGGGCCUUGCUGUUCGUAGUUUGGACGGGAGGAACUGCCCCGCACACUUCCCUCCUUACUGGGUUUUUCUGAGAAAUUUAGGCACUUAAAGAGACAGAUAAACACCGAGACAUCCCCCCUUUCGAUUUAAAUGGGAGUUGGGCACCAAAGCACUUCUGAAAAUUGUUGCCCAGCUGCAUCUUCAGGUCCCUGAAAACCUGGCCAUUGAACAAAUAGCCUGUAAGGGAUUACAAAUAUGAAAAUAUCAGUGUAACUGGUUACAUGGCAAUACAAACACUUCUAUCUUGUCACAUAGCUGAGCAGUUUCACUAUAGCUGCACAUUUUGAUGUUAAUUAAGUGAACCCUUGGUUACUUUUUUGGCCUGUUUUUGGAGGCAGUUUAUGCAGCCCAUACCAUACAUAUAGGGAGUGAAAGCAAACCAUUUUGCCAAUGGCAUAUCAUAAUGAAAUACUAUAUCUAAUGCUAAACCAGGUAAGAUUUAUUGCCACUUUUCUAUGGAGAUGUGUCUGGAAGUUUUACGUCACUUACAUCAUGAAAAUAUUCAUAUCAGCAUCUUUAUGUACAAUGUUCGUACCGUAACACUAUUCAGUGUAGUCCUGAGUUCUACAAGUAAUGUUGUUAUAUAAAUUACUUCAUAAUUGCAGAUUUGUUUUAAAUUGGUGCUUAACUGUGUGUUGAGAAUGCAUUUUUAAAAAAAUGUUUUAUUUUUUAAAAGAAGUUUAUUCAUCAUGUUUCAAUUUUGAAGUAUGAUGAAUAGACUUCUUUAAAUGGCAACAUAAACUUUCAGUGGUGAUUAAGUUUAGCAGAAACAUCAAGGCAGCGUGCUUAUUGGUCACAUUGGGACAUAGUGCUAGAUUCAGGGACAGGGUGCAGUGAGGCAGCUCAUUCCUUUCAAGGGUUGCUAAAGUGGGGAAUGAGCAAUUCAGCUUCCCUCGUACACUCCCACCAAAUCUAGUCUCCUCUGCCCAUGCCCAAAAGUGAUGUAUCACCUUUCUUGUACCAAAAGCCUUGACUGCUUCCUUGACACAAACAAAAACCCGAGACAUCUCAGAUGCUUUCCUAAGUGCCAGAUGUUCCUUUCUCAGCUGCCCGAACCUCUAGCUUUCCCCUGACAUCUACAGUGCAGUUACUCAUUGUUAUAUGUGUUGGCAUUUUUAAAUUUGAGGAAAGCUGAAUAUAAAUAAAUAUAUUAAGCACAUCCUAGGGUGAUUGGAUUGGACUUUGGGUUGGGAGGGGAGAAUGUUGUGGAGGGUCCCUGAUGCAUAUUUUAGGGCAAAGGUACUGCAUAGGAAAAUGGAAGGUAGAUCUUCUAGUUAACGUUUGGCAAACACCUUUGGAAAGAACAUUUGAAAAAUAUCAAAUGUAACCGUUAUUUACUAUCUACUACACUAUACCAGAUACAUAGUUGUAUAUCAUUAUGUGCAUUUAUUUGAAUUGAGAAGACAUUUAAUACUUUGUUCAGAAAGAACGAAAGAUCACACAAUGGUAUCUUAAAACCAUUCACUGUGUAACCCUUUCCAGUCUUCCUCACAAUUAAAGGAUGUAUCUUAUCUUUGUAGUUGUGAUAAAACAAUUUACAUGAAUUUGAAGAUUUUUUUUUUUUAUCAUCACUGGUCCCUUUAUGGUGGCAACCAAUUUAUUAAUGAGAUUGUUAGAAUUAAGUCUUUGUGUAAAAUGCAAUUUCUAAUAGUUAAUUAACAUGUUAAAAUACAAUUAGCAACUGCACCAUUUAGCCAGUACAAACACCACCGUAACUCAUAACUUAGGGAUACAUCUUGUAAAAAGUUGCAUUGGGUUUUAGUAGCUUAUGCAAGUCCAUUCACUUUACUGUGAGCCAUAAUACUUAAAAAAAAAUCAAAAAUUAGUGUUUUGAAAAAUUUCUUACUGUUUUGAUGAAAUAUUCACAUUGGUGAGAAAUCCGGAGGAGAUAAUGUUUUUUCACACAAUACACCUAAUUAUGUGCUUCCUAAUGUCCCAUACAUUUUCUUAUGGUACUGUUGAAUAACUAUCAUAUACAACACAACCUGAAUUUUUUUGCAACCCUUUUCAUUUGGCUAUUUAAUUAGCAAUUAUGCAAAUUAAAUAUUUUUAAUAAAGAAAACAUUAAUUUGUUUAUUGCUGUUGUUUACCAGGAAGGCUAUUGCACUAUAAAGGAAAAUGUCUUUUUUUUCAAAAAUAUUACUGCAACCAGAAGUUGAAGAAUACCUUGGGAACGUGUUUAGAAAUAAGGAGCUCAUAAGUGCUUUAGGCACACUGGAAGCAGAGAGGAAAUAUGAAUCUCUAUUAAAUUGUCUAUCUCAUCCUCCAGCUUUCACAACUGUUAGAGUUAACACUCACUUGGCUUCAGUGAAACAAGUGAAAAAUCUGCUGUUUGAAGAGAUCCACAAGCAGUUUAAAGGUCUUAGUGUUCCAGUUCUUCAGCACCCAGAACUCCAGGACAUCUUACUUAUUCCUGUCAUUGGACCCAGGAAGGAUCUACAAAAGCAAUCAUCUGAAGUCAUUGUUGGAGCCCAGUGUGGGAAUUCAGUGCUACGAGGAGCGCAUGUCUUUGUUCCAGGAAUCGUAUCUGCUUCAAAAUUUAUGAAAGCUGGAGAUGUGGUCUCUGUAUACUCUGAUAUUGAAGGGAAGUGUAAAAGAGGCGCCAAAGAAUUUCUGGGAACCAAACUUUUUAUUGGAAAUGGGAUUUCAGAAUUGAGUCGCAGUGAAAUCUUCAGUUCAAGUGGCUCACUGAAAGGAAUAGGUGUAAGAAUGACAGACCCAGUCUACCUUAGUCCUUCGUUGGACAAUGUGCUGUCCAGUUAUUUGUUUUUGCAGAACUUGCCCUCUGCAGUUGUAAGCCAUGUUUUAAACCCUCAGCCAGGAGAGAGAAUUCUGGACAUGUGUGCUGCACCUGGGGGAAAAACAACUCAUCUUGCAACAUUAAUGCAUGACCAGGGUGAAGUGAUAGCCAUGGACAAGAUAGCUAACAAAGUCAAAAAAAUCAAGCAGAAUGCAGCAUUGUUGCAGCUGAAUUGUAUUAGAGCAUUUUGCUGUGAUGGAACUAAGGCACUUGCCAUCGGGAAGAGAGAAGAUGGACAAGAAGGCCCUCCAUUCUCAGCAGAGUCAUUUGAUCGAAUUCUUCUUGAUGUUCCUUGUAGUGGGAUGGGACAGAGACCAAAUAUGGCCUAUUCCUGGACUCUAAAAGAAGUGACUUCUUAUCAGCCAUUGCAACGCAAGCUUUUCAGCAUGGCAGUGAAAUUGCUAAAGCCAGGGGGCAUUUUGGUGUAUAGUACAUGUACAGUUACACUGUCUGAAAAUGAGGAGCAAGUUGCCUGGGCCCUGGAAACUUUUCCCUGCCUCCAGCUUCAGUCACAGGACCCACAUAUUGGAGGAGAAGGCAUGAGGGGAGCUGGACUGUCACUUGAUCAGCUGAAGCUGCUGCAGAGGUUUGAUCCAUCCAGUGUGACGUUACAUGGAAUGGAUGUGAACUCUUUGCAGGACUCUAGGGAAGAAGACCUGAUCUUGCUGGCAAAUAAAGACUGCAUAGGGUUUUUUAUUGCAAAAUUUAUUAAAUUGAACAGCAAAUAGACAUUUAGCAACACAACCUGAAAAAACCCCUUUCGAGUUAAGACUGGUCCAGCUGUUAACUGUUUCUUCUCAUGCAUUGUUGUCAAGCCAACAGGCUGAUGACAUGGUUGCUAUAGAAGCAGUAACAUCUCCCACUGUUCUACUGGGACAGAGCCACAGUUGCAGAAGGUGUUGAUUAACUUUUAAGUCUCCAUUAGUUUUUGUAUUUUUAGUAGGUCAGUGUGGCGGAAGGAAGAGUAAAUGGAUUCACAUUACUCCUUGUUGACUUAAUGUGUACAGUAUUGCACAUUAAGAUUACUGCUUGUUUUCUGUUUUAGCUUGUUGGUUUAAUGUAUGUAGUAUUGCAUAGGAAAAGGUUUUGCUAUGGGAAUUUAAAUUUUAUAAAAUGCAAAAAAAUCCAGAUUAAAUACAUUGAAAAAUAUAAAGUCAAAUUUUUUCAAGAAUGAUAGUUUCUAUGGGGAAUUUAGAAAUUACUGCAUCAUUAAAUAGUGAUGUGAAAUAGUCACAUUUCACAAAGCUGUUUCAUAAAUUAAUAAUUAUAACAUCUCAUCUCCUUUAUUUUACUAAAGCAAGAUUCUCUAUUCAUAUUAUAGACACACAGGCUUUGUAGAAUGUAUUUUACAGCAGCAUAUGUAUACUUCCCCUCUCACUUCAGGGAAUGAAAGAUACAGUGCUUCAAGCUCAAACUUGCCAUUUUUAAGCCUGGAUCAGUUCAGUAACAGCACAGCUGGACUGAUUGACCAGAGGCAGUUUUAAAGUCCAAUAUCACUUACACCAUGAGGGCUACAGUCUAAUAAUCUAUGCCAUUGGGAUGGUGAAAAUCUCAGCUUUUUCAUGGCACGUAGUAUCACAUUCCUGUCUCUACCUGGCAGAUUCUGUAAUUACAGGAUUGGAUCUCAUAAUCAUAGAAAUAUAGGGCUGGAAGGGACCUCAUGGUCAUCAAGUGCAGGUCCCUGUGUGGAGGCAGAACCAGUUAAACCUAGACCAUCCCUGAUAGGUGUUUGUCCAACUUGUUCUUAAAAACUGCCAGUGAUGGGACUUCAUAACAUUCCUUGAAAGCCUGUUCCAGUAUUUAACUAUCUUUAUAGCUAUUGGGGAAAACAUUCUAUCUACCUAGUCCCACUAUGUCUCCAUGUUCAUGGAAAGUACAAGAACAAUUGAACACCAUCCUCUUUCUAACAACCCUUCACAUAUUUUUAAGAGUGUUACCAGGUUCCCCCCUCAGUCGUCUUUUCUUAAGAUUAAACAGGCUGUUUUUUAAAAAAAUAUUUCCUCACAGGUCAGAUUCUCUAAACUGGUGGUCCUCAAACUUUUCAUGGUCACGGCCUUACCCCUGUCCCCCCCGGCACUGGGAGCGUGGCUGCAACUCGACUGGGGAUGCACAGGAAUAAGGGAGCUAGGGACAGGGCUAGGAGUGGAGCCCUGGCUAGGGGUCAAGGCUGGGGCCAGCAGCUAGGUGCAAAGCGAUUGCUGAGUCUGGGGUGGGACAGGGUAGCACUGUCUUUCUGCCCAUUGAGGCUGACCUGGGCCCUGCCAGGCUCUCCCCACCCCGCACAUUCCUCUGUUUGAAGUCCACAGUUUGAGGUCCAGUACACUAAACCUUUUGUUACUGUGGUUGCUAUUGUUUGGACUUUCUCCAAUUUAUCCAUGUCUUUCCUAAUGUUUGGCACCCACAAUUGGAUACAGUACUCCAGCUGAAGACCGACCACUAUGGAGUAGCACAGGACUGUUAUCUUCCAUAUCUUACAUAUGUUACUGUUAAUACAAGCCAAGAUAUUAUCCUUUUUCACAACUGCACCACAUUGUUGGUUCACAUUCAGUUCGUGAUCCACUAUAAUGCUCAGCUCCUUUUCAACAGGACCACCACCAACCCAAUUAUUCCUCAUUGUUUUUUCUCUUCCUUAAGUGAAGUACUUUGAUUUCUGACCAGUUCUACAAGAUAAUUUUGAAUUCUAAUCCUUUUCCCCAAAGUGCCUGCAACGUCUUCCUAUCUUGGUGUCAUCCGCAACUUUUGUAAGCAUACGCUCCACUCCAAGUCAUCAGUGACAUCAUGGUAACUUGCUGCUUUCUCUCCCCUGUCUCCUUUGAUGUGGUGGUUAAUAUAUCACAAACUGCUGGAGACUGAAAUCAGUGCUUAGUACUGUCUGAAAAAACGUUGUAAUCCACCUUGCAAGUGACUUAAACCCUAGCUGAUCAGGAGGCAUCAGGUCCUAACUGAGAAGGGAAUUAAAAAAGAUGGCAAUGAGAAUGGUUUACUUUAAUAAACCUGCAAAAAUGUAUACUAAUCCUGAAUGUCUACAGCUAUUUGGUGUACGCAGACAGUGUAAGGGCUUGCAGCUUCAUGUAGUCGUCCUCAUUUCCAAUACAAGGAAUAUUGCUGGAACUGGCAAUGUGUAGGAAUGAAAAUGGUGGGUGCCGUUCAAACCACCUAAAUUCAGGGAUUGAUGGGGGAGUUUUUUUUCCUUGUUUUUGAUUGACAACUUUAGUUUAAAACUAUUACUUACAAAAUGUUUGAAUAUUAAAGUAAAACUGUAUUUGGUUUGAGUGAACAGCAUGACUGGUAUUUCCUUCUGUAAAAGUCAAAUAGUUUUGAGUUCACGUCAAUCUGUUUUCUACCUGAGAUGCUACUGCUUGGUUUGCAAUUGAAACAACCUAAUAAAGGUUAUAUAAUUUUGUUA